GCGAUUUUGGGUCUGUUUUUUAAGCUGAACUGGCUGCACUAGGACAUUAUUCGCGUCGCAUUACUCCAAUAAACACCAAGAGCACUUGGAUCACGGAUAAAAGGUGGCGAUUGGACCAGAUGAGUUUUUGGAGUGCGUUGGAGUGAUUAGGAGCAUGGUGGGGCAUGCGACGCGAACAAACCUAUAAACUCUGAACUAGUGCAGCCAGUUCGGCAAUAGAAAACAGACCCUAUAGUUAUCGAGAAUGAAUUUUGGAACGCAGCCUACUUUAGUAGUAAAAGCAGCGAGAUAAUUCUCGUAAAAUUCUUUUCGUUUUUAUUAUAAUGAUAAUAAACAACGAGAAUGAAUAGCUUAGGUUUAAAUAUAAUUUUUAGAAUGGGUUGUAUAUGCACUAAAGAGAUCAUUACGGUAAACUCGAGGAAAUAUAAGGUCUGCGAACACCUCGGAGAUGGUGGAUUUAGCACAGUACUUUUGGUUGAAGAAAUCAUUACACAUAAAAAGUAUGCUAUUAAGAAAAUUACUUGUCAUGGACCAGAAGAUCAGCAAUUAGCAGCAAAAGAGGUUGAAUAUUAUAAAUUGAUAAAGCAUCCAAAUGUUAUAGAAUGUAUAGAUUCGACUUGCAAAGGUACAGCAGACCUAAUCGUGAAUACAACGAGCGAAAUGUUAAUUGUUUUACCAUAUUAUCAUAAAGGAACUUUAGCAAAUGAUUUAGAACAACGAGCAAAGAAUUGUAAUUACAUAAGUCCUACAGAUAUCCUGAGCAUUUUUUUACAGAUCUGUGAAGGUGUAAAAGCAUUUCAUGAGGCUAAACCAGAACCUCUUGCUCACAGAGAUUUAAAAACUGCAAAUAUAGUACUUAGCGAUGAUGGAAUACCUAUUAUUAUGGAUUUGGGUUCUGUAUCAACUGCCAGAGUUCAAGUAUGUGGUACUCAAGCUGCACGGACUUUACAAGACUUAGCAGCUGAAAGAUGUUCCAUGCCAUAUAGAGCUCCAGAAUUAUUCAACGUUGAGAGUUAUUGUAUGGUUGACGAACGAACAGACAUUUGGUCGAUGGGAUGUAUACUGUAUGCAUUAUGUUAUUUUAAAUCUCCUUUUGAUACUGUUUAUGAACGAGGCGACAGCGUAGCACUUGCUGUGAUUAGCGCACAUAUAACAUUUCCAGAAGAUGCCCCUUAUAAUGAGGAUAUGCAAAAUUUAAUUUUGAUGAUGUUAAAAGUCAAUCCAAUGGAACGUCCGUAUAUAUAUAGUGUAAUAGAGAGCGUGCACGAUACUAUCGUCAAAUUAAAACAUAAAGUAUAGUCUUAUGUUAUAUCAUGGUAUAAGAUUUUAAAUGUACUGCAUAUAGGGAAAUAGCAUUGAUAUUGUAUAUGCUAUUAUACAGGCCUGUAAGCAAUAUAAAAAAAUACGGUAAAACACAAUACGUACUAAGAAAAUGUGAAAAAAUAUUUUAAAUGACCAAGAUUGUGAAAAUAAUAUUAACAAAAAGAAUAAAGUGUUAUUUC